CCUGUGUUGUGUGUUUAUUUAUUACAAACUACUAUUCGGCUUGGCAUUAUAUUGAAGAAAACACUCAUGCGUUUAAAAUAAUCACCCUGCCCAUGUAGUGAGCAAUGUCGUCUGUGUUCGACGAACGGGAUGCCUAUCUGAAAAAUCCUUUUUACAAGAAAGAGUACGGUGACUUUUCACCAUUCUAUGCAACCGUUGCAGUUUGCACGAUUUUAGCUGCAUUCCUAUUUAUACUAAACAUCGUCUGUUGCUGCUGCUCGAAACAUCAUUCUUAUUGGCAAGAUAGACACACGGGUAACCGUUGGUUAGUAUCAAUCUGGUCAGCAACCCCUCACAAACAACCGCCCUUAGACUACACCGAACUGGAGGCAGGCUACAAGGCACCGGUUAUCACAAACGUGCACCAUCACUACCCCGAACACAUUUCAACGCAGUACACAGAGUUGCAGAAACGCGAAAGCGAAAUUUAAUCAAGACAAAGAUAAAGAUUCCAUUAAGAAG